AUACAACGAGUGCAUACUACCAGGUACUCGUACAUGUUCAGUAUUACACACUGCGUGAUAGAGUAUUUCAUUUCUGGGAUUUCUAAAAGCUUACAAGCAGUAUGGCGUCUCGAAUCGCUUUGAUUACUGGCUGUUCGUCUGGUAUAGGGAUGGAGACGGCUCUGCGACUCGCCCGACGAUCUCAAGAUCCUAUUACCGUCUAUGCUACGAUGAGGAACAUGACGUCGAAGAACGACAUCGAGCACAGAGCUGGCGAUUGUCUGGAGAAGGGUUUAUUCGUACGAAGGUUGGAUGUGACGAAAGAGGAUACGAUUGUAGAUGUUGUUUCUUACAUCAAGUCAAAGCACGGGCGAUUGGAUAUACUAGUAAACAAUGCUGGGAUAGCAGGACUUUGUGUUUUGGAAGCGACAGAUCUCGACAUAUUCAGGAAGAUGUUCGAAACUAACUUCUUUGGCGUGGUUCGCCUGACACAGGAAGUACUUCCCAUCAUGAAGUCUCAGAGGUCAGGCAGAAUUGUCAAUAUUAGCUCCAUCGGAGGUUUCGCAGGUUUCCCAUUCUAUGAGCUGUAUGGAUCUUCUAAAUUUGCUCUCGAAGGAUUCUCAGAAAGCUUGGCUAUGAUCUGUAGACGAUUCAAUAUAUGGGUGACGGCUGUCCAACCGGGUCCGACUGCGACUAAGGUGGAGAACAAUCCGGAUAUAACCGAUGAUCUGUUGGCACAGAUGGAUGAUGAGAGAGUUGAUCCUGAAACAAGGAAAUACUUCUGCGAUCGCGUUAAGAUGAGGAGAGAUGUUCUCAAAAACAUCUCCCAACCAGUGGAAGAGGUUGUUGACGUCAUUGAAAGAAUCAUCGACGAUGAGAAACCCUUGCUACGAUAUCAGACGAACGAAGCUUCGAGAGAGAUGGCACGAGUUCGAUCUCAAGAUCCGACUGGAGAUGCUUGGAUUGAGAACAAGCUAAUGACUGGGUUUUUCCAUGAUGUAAACGACUAGCACAACAACAACAGGCAUUCAACGACUAUGCAGACCACAGAAAAUAGUCAAUAUGACAGCGAAUUUGUUUUAAAUUUGUAUAUGGGGUCUUUUGUACGGUACGCGUCAGUUUUACGGAAAAAUAUUGUUUGUUGUUUAGUUUCAUUGGUUAUACAGGGCUCCUGUAUAAUAAAAUUAUUUUAUAAUGAUAUUUAUCGAAACUAGAUAUCACUGUCGAUUCUAAUGAUAGAGGAGUUUGUAAGUUUGCGAAUGAUUAAUACUACUUCUAGGUUUUCCCGGCCAAUUUCGUCAAAGCAGCAAUCAAUUUCAUUAACGUGCAUUCAUGUUUGAGCAAAUUUUCUCCACUCGCUCCCCUGUUUCAUUUUUAAACUUGUUGCGUUCAAUUUCGUUCCGAGUCACCGAAUUUUCUAAACAUGCUCAUUCAAAUUAAAGCUUGAUUCAGUCAAUUUGGUAUUGCGUAAGGGUUAUUCAAUUUCGCCAAUGUUGAGUGGGAGGAGAAUUCUUUGGCGAAUUGCGGUUUCAUUUUUCGUCUAUGGCCAACCUUUUUCGCAAUCGGGCUAUUCAAGUUAAAACUAGA